AUGCGGUUGGAGCUUUUGAAGAAGUUGAAAGAGAUUGUAUAUCCGGGAAGCACUUUUCUUGUUGAGCCGGAGGUCAAGCCCAAAACACGUCCUCGGGAUCAUAAGAAGAACAAUAAGAAGCGACCUGUUAAGGGAAAGAAGAAGGUGAAUCCAAAAGGGAAAGUAUACAUUACUAGAACAGUGAAACCUGGUGCAUAUGUUGAUGUUUUCCCUUCUGGGUUGAAACCAUACAUUAAGUUUGUCAAGGAUGUAACUGCAGAUGGGAAUUGUGGUUUCAGGGCUAUAGCUGCUUCAAUUGGUCAUACAGAAGAUGAUUGGGCUCAGGUUAGGCGUGAUCUGUUGGGUGAGCUGCACACACACAAAGAGGAAUACAUUACACUUUAUGGGUCCUACGAAAGGUUUGAAGAAUUGACAAGCAUAUUGUCAUACUUUCAAGACAGUCCUGGAUACUCACAUUGGAUGACUAUGCCAGAUAUGGGGCAUCUUGUUGCAUCGUGCUACAAUCUUAUGUUAUACCACUUGUCAUUACAACAAUGUCUCACCUUUUUACCUCUUAGAACAGUGUCAGUACCUCAACUUGAUAGACGUGAGAUUGCCAUUGAGUUUGUCAACGAAAAUCAUUUUGUCCAGCCAGGCCAUCCAGUUCCUCCUAUAGCCACUAAUUGGCGAAAAUACCGUCACCAUUGCGCUGUCGACUGGGAUGAUGCAUAUGUGCGUCGCAUUCAACAUUUCAAGGACAUUAUUCAUGAUAAUGUAGCUACUCGAGAGACAUUUGAUGUUGUUGAUGUCGCAUGA